AAGAAAGAGAUGAUAUCUUCAUCUCAAGUUCAUCUUUAAAUAAUGACAGUAUUUUUAGAAAAGGCAUAAAAGAAUUAGAAUCUACCUAUAUUAAUCAAGCCAAAGAGUUUAUAAAAGAUUUUAGCGAAUUGGAUAAUUUAGUCAGAUUUAAGCAGUUAGUUGAAAACUUUGAAAUAGAAUUGCCAGAAGAUAUAUUAAUUAAAGCAGUUAAAUUACUUAGUGAUGCAUUAUCAUUUGAAUAUCACUCAGAAAACACUAUGAUACGUCUUGAAGUACAUCUUCAAACGUGGAUAGCAACCUUAGAAAGAGUGUACUAUUCUCCUGUUGUUCUAGGUUAUGAAAUUCAUAAACACCUUUAUAAAAAUUUAAGCGACUUUGUUGAUUUUCAUCAUAGGAUGAUAAAUGCUUUUAAGCAAGGUGUUAGCAAAAGUUUUAAGCAAAAGGGAAAAUCCAAAGAAAUACCAAAUAAUGAAAUUUAUAUGUAUUUUCAAAAUUAUAAUAUUAAUUUUUUAUUAAUUCACUUAUCUGCUGGAGCAGCGUCAGAAAAUAUUUCAGAAGCACUUGGCAUUGCCGAAAUUUUGCCAAACAUUGCUCAAGUCUUUAAAUUCAAAUAUCCUCUUACUUAUUGGUAUUCAACGUGGCGAGAGCUUUUAUCAAUUCAUUAUUUGCUAGAGAAUUUAACCAAAGAUGAGGAUUAUAGUAAAUUACGAUUCUAUAAUGAAACUUAUCUUCUCGAAUUACUGUGCCAAUGCAUUUUUGAUUUAAGUAUUAAUCAAAAAGUCCAAAAUGAGAUUUUAAAUAGCCAAAAUGAGACUUUUGAAUUUAUGAAUUUAUGGACAAAGAAAGAACCAACUGCACCAACAAAUUCUUUGUGGUUUGGAAUUUUAGAUCUUGUUCAACGCUUAAGCCAACAAACAACUCAAGUCACUAGUUUAGCUCUUUGCUAUUAUUUAGGCUUAGAAUCAUUACAAAAUUCUAAAUGCAAUUAUAUUUGCUUUAAAUCUUUAGAAUUACUUUUAUCACUAUCUUAUCAAAAUCCAGAAUUAUUUAAUAAAAUAGUAAAAGAAGAUAUCAAUGAAUAUAAAGAAUCAUUGUCAGCAUAUUCCCAACAAAUUCUAGAAAAAAUUAUUCAUGAUGUAGAUCAAAAGCUUCAAUUAAAUCUCAAAUUUAUGAAUCAAUUAAGUAUGAUAAGUAUUAAAGAGAAUUCAGAAAUCAAAGGUGAUAGAAAAUUAAUAUUAAACAUAAUUGCAGAUGAACUUAUUUGUCCGAUUACUAAGCAAAUAACUGGGGAUUUCUCAAUUUUAACGUGUGGACAUUCUAUUAGCUGUUACUCUAUUAAUAAAUGGAAAGAAACAGUAACAAUUGAAAGUAGAUUGUUUGAAUGCCCGUAUUGUAAAAAAGAAAUUGAUUUAAAUUCAACUUAUAACCUUCAAAAAAAUAAAAUAUUAGAAAGUCUUUAUGUAAAAUUGAAGCAAGCAGAAGAUGAUCUAUUUUUAAAAUUUAACAAGCAUAAAAUGUUUCAAAGUUCCAUGCUUUCAAAACUUUCCACACCAAUUUUUAAAAAGGUUCAACCAAAAGUUAUGCUACCGGCUUUUAACAAGGUUGCUAAAGCAGAACAACAAAAUGAUUAUGAUGCAGUUAUUAUGUAG